GGAAAGGGUCACUGGACCUGAAACAUAACUGUGAUUUCAUACUCGCUGCCAAACCUGCUGAGCUUUUCCAGCAACUUCUGUUUUUCUAGUUGAAAUCUUCAUUAGUUGCUAUGAGAUGUGUUUCUUUGAUGAAAUAACCCUGAAUCUCUUACAGCUUGCAUUUUUCUGAUAUGUGCAUGAUAUAUUUGUGAUGGUUGAAUCUGCAACCCCACCAUAGAAUUUCUUUAGAUUGCUUAAUAAGCUCCAUCCUGCACUCAAACGUACCAUUGGAUUGGAGGAAUGAAACAAGAUCCCUUUCCUUAAUUUAUUGAGAAAUUUGUUGUGUGCUCUUGAUCACGACCAGCUGCAAGCCUACGUUCACUGGUCAAUCUAUAUGUUUGGAAUAUUACAGUUCCUUGUGCUAUAAGAUCAGUCUAAUUGACAACCUUGUGAAUAGAGCUCAAGCCAACUGCUCGUCCUUCAAGCUUGAUGCUACGAUUGGUUUAUCAGUACUAGCCGACAUGAUGAUCACUUGUUAUAGAGACAAGCUUGUGAAAGUGCCUACAUCUGACCUCAGAACUGCCCGUUGGAAAGGGAAGUUGUCCCAAAACAUUGAGCAACAUGUGAAACAGCUGUCCCAAGAUACUACUUUGCAGUAAAUGCAAGGAUUGAACUGUACUGCAUGAAAGAAUACAGAGAGGAUAUAUACUGCAGAUAGAUUCUGACCAUCAUGCAAGAAACAACUGCAUAACAGUGGGAAGACAUCCAGUCCCUUCACCAUUGCUCAAGACAGAGAAAGUUGGACGGUGAAACCAUCAUACAGAAAUCAGUCAGAUCAGGGAGGUUUGACUUAUCAUCAGAUCUGAAACUGGUCAGUGGUGUGGAGCCUUCCAUUGGAACUAGCCUUUCUGAAGGUUCGGCUGUGGGUGAUCAGUCAGGGUGAGGCUGGGAAGAAGUAUGAGUGGCUCCAAGUGUGGUGAGAGCUUCAGUCAUUCAUCAAGCCUCAUGACCCACUGACUCAUUCCUACAAGGGAGAGGCUGUUUUUGAUCGGGAGCAGAGUUCCUAACUUGGUAAUAUCUCUUAAUGCACAAGGUGCAUCAGUUGUUUAACUGUUAAGACAGAACUGUUAAUUGCAUGGAAGAGAAACGCUUCCAGUGUGACAUGUGUGACCGAGCUUUUGCAAGGUCUUCAAUGCUUGUAAAUCACCGACACAUUCACACUGGGGAGAAGCCUUUCAAAUGUGAGGAGUGCAACAAGAGCUAUGCGCGAUUAUCAGGUCUGGUGAUUCACCGACGAGUUCAUACUGGGAAGAAACCGUUCACAUGUGAGGUGUGUGAGAAAUCAUUCUUACAGUCAUCAACCCUCCUCAUGCACCAACGCAUUCACACAGGGGAGAAACCAUUCACAUGUGAGAUAUGCAAUAAAUCAUUCUCACAGUCCUCAACGCUUGUUGUACACCAACGCAUUCAUACAGGGGAGAAACCAUUCAAAUGCAAGGUGUGUGACAAAUCCUUCUCAUCAUCAUCAGAACUUCGUGUACACCAACGUAUUCACACAGGAGAGAAACCAUUCAGUUGUGACUUGUGUGGUAAAUCAUUCUUGAGGUCAUCAGAACUCCGUGUCCAUCAACGCAUUCACACAGGGGAGAAACCAUUCACCUGCGAAGUAUGUGACAAAUCAUUCUCAUCAUCAUCACACCUCCGCGUCCAUCAACGUAUUCACACUGGAGAGAAACCAUUCACCUGUGAAGUCUGUGACAAAUCAUUCUCAUCAUCAUCAAACCUCCAUGUGCACCAACGCAUCCACACAGGGCAGAAACCAUUCCGGUGUGGGACGUGUGACAAAUCAUUCUCUCAGUCAGGAGACCUCUGCACGCACCAUCUCAUUCACACAGGGGAAAAACUGUUUAAGUGUGAGAUGUGUCAGAAAUCAUUCUCCAAUUCAUCGAGACUCCUGCGCCAUCAGAUGAUUCAUACAGGAGAGAAACCAUUCAGGUGUGAGAUAUGUGGCAAAUUAUUUUCACAGUUAGGAGACCUCCACAGUCACCAACGCAUUCACACAGGGGAGAAACCAUACACAUGUGAUGUGUGCAUGAAAUCAUUCUCUCAUUCAUCAACCCUCCGCAGACACCAACGUAUUCACUCAGCAGAGAAACUAUUUGCUUGUGAGGUGUGUGACAAAUCAUUUUCAAAGCCAUUAAGCCUCCUGCUGCAUCAGAGGACCCACACAGGGAAGAAACUAUCUGUGUGUGAAGUGUGUAAUAAAUCAUUCGCGAAUUCAUCGAAUCUCCGCAGACACAAAAGCAUCCACACAGGGGAGAAACCAUUCACAUGCGAAGUGUGUGACAAAUCAUUCUCAAAGUCCUGGAAUCUCCUGCUCCAUCAGAGGAUUCACACAGGGGAGUAACCCUUCAACUGUAGGUUUGACAUUUUGUGCUGGUUUCAACCACUUGGGAUACUCCAGGAUUUGCACAAGGUAGAAAAUCUUCAGGUGUGAUAUUUGUGACUGUUUUUGCAUAGCCAGUAUAUCUCCUGGUUCAUCAGUGCUUUCACCAGGGAGAUGCCAUUCAGAGUCAGUUCUGCAAUAAAGUUUUUACACUGUUGUUGGAUCUCUUGAAACAUCAACGAACAUACACCAGAGCCAAUGCACUUGUGCCAGGAUUGAUUCAUAUCCUCCUCUCACCAUAUACCAAUGUCUCCACACCGACUUGGAGCUGGGUCACCUGCUCCAUCAGACUGCGAGCUGUCUGUGUUAUUUCCCCUCCAGUGCUCACACAAGGGGGAGCUGUCAUUCCAGAGCACUGUCUGUCUCAGCGCGUCUAUCUCUCUCACUAGCAGACCAAUGAUUUCAAGGUCAAUUGCACCUUUUGAUCAGACCACCAAACACCACCAAAAGAAGACAUUAGCAGAGGGUCAUUUUAACGAUAAUGUUUGUAAUGAGUUUAACUGUGCAGGGUGUUCAGUAGUUAUGGGGCGUAGAACAAGAGCAGGUUUCACUUACCAUCAAACAACUAGGGAUGACAACAGCAAUGCUGAGGGAAUAUAAUAUCAAUUUUUAAGUUUUGUUUUUUUUUUAUUGUCAUGUUACAAACAGGUAACAGGUUUUAAAAUAAAUCUCUGUCCCUAUUCUCACCACUUGUCCAGAAGCAGAAUGUGAUUUAAAUCUUCCCCUAAUUUUUAACAAUGGGUGUAUAUCUCCCACACUCACUAUUUUUGAGGGCUGUAACUUUGUAAGGACCGCAACAAGACUGUGAUCAUGAAAAAUAGAAUACAUUUCACACACUGGUUGGUGGUCAGUGAAUUUUUCACAACACAGGCACACUUAUAAUCGCACAAGGAGAUUUAAAAACAACAAAUAGAUACAGAGUUUCAGAUCAAUUUGUAAUCAAUUAAUCAUUAAAAAAGAUGGAUACCAGUUUAUCAGUGUUCUUGCUUUUAAAUCCAGAGUUAGAUAGACCAAGUUUAGAGUUGGCAGUCUGGAAUUUUCAUAUAGAGUGUGUUGAUUAGCUUAACAGUAAUUGAAUUGCAGGUAAGUUAUUUUUAAAAAUCCCUUUAAAAGUUUUCUGAGGAAGUUUUGCUGAAACACACUUCUACUUUGCUGUUUUGAUGAAAGCAGAUUUAUUUGCAGAAUGCAAAAGUACGGGUCUGUGGCUCCAUUUUCCAUGCCAGAGGCUUCUCCUUUGUCACCCAGAAUUAAGUGUUGAUUUUAUCAGUAAAUGUGGAUUGGAGCAACAUUAUCCCUUAAACUGUCUGCUGUUUCGGAACUGCAGUUAAGAAGUAUUCAAUGCUGUGGAAGUCACAUGACUAAACCUCUUGGUGGAGUAGAAGAAAUCACUUUUAAGAUAAAGGCUGCCAUGCAGAGAGCCAGCUGUUUAUGACUCUUUACAAGGGUUAACUGAAAAGUUAUUAAUACAUCUUCUUGUAGGAUGGAUGUAACUUUCAGUUCUAUUAUGCGAGGGAUUUUCUUUGAGAGUUGUCCCUGUAGCAAAUUAAAAUACAACUGUUCGUCUUCCACAUCCAUCAGGAGAUACCUGGGUGUCAGUAGUCUGGCUGAUAUUGACUUUGACGAAUUUUUUUGGAAGAUUUUUGUGAAGUUCAGUUAUACAAUUAUAGCAGUCAUCUUUGUUGGGCUGUUUACUGUGUUUUUAAGAAGUCAUAUGUAUCAACAAUUGAUUUGUUUUCUGUGCACGACACAGCAUGGAGCCACCCUGCAGUGUGAUGUCAGUGACACAGGACUUGGAGUAAUCCCCAUGCAGUGAGGGCAACCCGUUGUGUUUGUAUUCACAGUGUUAACACACACUGAACACUACUGUACACAGAUUGAGAAAGAGACCCUGCCUAUUGGUUUUGCUUGUGAGCUUUUCAAACACUAAAACCACUUCACUGUUUUCCAAAGCAUUGAACAAGAGUGUUAAUAUUGUGACCAAGCUGGGAAGACUGCACUGUCACUCUCUCUUUAGUCCCACUCCAAGGGUGCAACAUCAAUGUAACUGCUUUACCUGCUGCCAAUAUGGUCAAUCUUAUGCUUAGUCAAUAUUAGACUUAGAAUAAAAAGAUCCACCAACCAGGUUGCUUAAAUCAAGACAAAAUUAUUGACAACUUAUUCAGUGAAGAUGUAGAACUGGUUAACACACAGUUUGCAAUAUGAAAAUAUGAAUGUUUACACCUUUAAUAACACUAAACAUCCACACGCACAUUACAUAGAGGAGAAAAUAAUGAUUUAUCUUAUAGAAAUUCAUAUUGGACAAAAGCUCUCUUGGUUAAUACAGGUUAUUUCUUGAAGGAGAAAAGAUAAGGUGUGGAACAUCCAGCUGGCUAUCAACCUGUUGUUCUGGCACAUAUAGAUAGGUCACUGAAUUUUAGUCUUGGCAGAUGCAUCUUGCCCAAGAAACACAGUAUUGGUAAAUUUGUAAUACCAAACUGUACCAAAACUGGAAUUUCAGUUUUUGAAUUUUUCCACAUAGGCUUAAGGGUUGUGAAUUGUAUAUACUAGUGAUUCCCUGUAGCAAUUGUAGACAUAUGCUUCAAAAUGUUUAAGAGCCAGUUGUAAUCCCCUUCAGGUUUCUUUGUCCUCUGUGGAUGAUCAGUUUUAAUGUUGAUGAACUUUUUGAAAGAGUAUUCAUUGGCUUCUUUCUGUCUGGCUCAUAUUCUCAUACAGGACUGCAUCUAAUCACAAGUCACAGCAUCAAUUACUAACUUUAAGGGUUUAAUGAAAUUAGGGCAGCCAAUGCUGGUCCAUUUAUUAAAUUGGCUUUCGGUCUCUUUAAAACUGUUUGAUAAUCUCCUAAACAAAAACAGAUAUUUCUGGAAAAGUUCAGCAGGUCUGGCAGCAUCUGUGGAGAGAAAUCAGAGUUAAAGUUUCAGGUUGAGUGGCCCUUCCUCAGAACCUUUUGUUUCUGAUUUAUAGCAUCCACAGUUCUUUUAUAGCAGCAUACAACACAGAAACAGACCUUUUGGUCCAACCAGUCCACACUGAAUAUAAUCCUGAACUAAAUUAAUGCCACCUGCCUGUGGUUUUGAUAAUCUCCUAAUCAUGUUACUUUAACUUUUUUUAGUAGAUCUGUCAGUGGAGCAGAAAUUUAGGAUUGAAACCACAUAUCACUGAAAAACUUCAUAAUUUCAGCUUUAGUUUUAGGGCCAGGGAAUUCAACUUUUGCUGCUCUAAGCAGCAGUUGUCCUUGCCCUACUGUAGGUCCUAAAUUGGUCACCUGCACAUUUGCAAACUUUUGACAAUGUUAAUCAUCGAACCAAUUGAUUGUAAUUUUUUAAAAAUAGAACUUUCAAUUGUUCUUCCAUUAUUCCCUAUAUACCAUAAUCAAGGUGGACUACACAGUUAGGAACACUGGCUACCACUUGGUGCAUCAGUCUCUGGAGGGUGGCUUGGGCACCUUUAGCCAGAAUCACAUCAUCACUGGAAAAGACUGUCUAAUGUGACAAAGUUUGAAAUCUCUUUUAGUUAUUGAUGUUAAAGCAGCCUGUCAGUAUCCCUUUAACAAAUCUAUUUUAGUAAGAAAUACUGUAGACUCUAAUAACACAGAGUCUGAGUUUGUGAGCAUGGAAUUGAGUAGGAGGUGCCUUUGUUACCGCAUUGACCAUUCCAUAGUCUGUGCACACAUCACUAUUAAACACUAACAUUACUGGAGAAUUUCAGCCAGGUUCACUCUGGUUUUACAACAUGGAUUAUAUUUCUCUUUUCACGUGGGCCUGUUUUGCUGAACCUAAAUGAUAGGAUGUUAUUUUGUUGUGAUAAAGAGUUACAGACUCAAAACAUUAGCUCAGAUUUCAUCCCACAGAUGCUGCCAAACCUGCUGAGUUUCAGCAAUAAUUUCUGAUUUUGUUUCAGAUCUUCAGCAUUUGCAGUUCUUUGUUUUAUUUAGACCAUAGGACCAUAAGAUAUAGGAGUGGAAGUAAGGCCAUUCGGCCCAUCAAGUCCACUCCACCAUUUAAAUCACGGCUGAUGGGCAUUUCAACUCCGCUUCCCUGCACUCUCCCCGUAGCCCUUGAUUCCUUCUGAGAUCAAGAAUUUGUCGAUCUCUGCCUUGAAGGCAUCCAACAUCCCGGCCUCCACUGCACUCCACGGCAAUGAAUUCCACAAGCCCACCACUCUCUGGCUGAAGAAAUGUCAUCUCAUUUCAGUUUUAAAUUUACCCCUCUAAUUUUAAGGCUGUGCCCACGGGUCCUAGUCUCCCCACCUAACGGAAACAACUUCCUAGCGUCCACCCCUUCUAAACCAUACAUUAUCUUGUAAGUUUCCAUUAGAUCUCCCCUCAACCUUCUAAGCUCUAAUGAGUACAAUCCCAGGAUCCUUAGCCGUUCAUCAUACAUUAAACCUACCGUUCCAGGGAUCAUCCGUGUGAAUCUCCGCUGGACACGCUCCAGGGCUAGUAUGUCCUUCCUGAAGUGUGGGGCCCAAAAUUGGACAGUAUUCUAAAUGGGGCCUAACUAGAGCUUUAUAAAGCCUCAGAAGCACAUUGCUGCUUUUAUAUUCCAACCCUCUUGAGAUAAACAACAACAUUACAUUCACUUUCUUAAUUACGGACUCUACCUGCAAGUUAACCUUUAGAGAAUCCUGGACCAACACUGCCAGAUCCCUUUGUAUUUCUGCUUUGCGAAUUUUCUCACCAUUUAGAAAAUAGUCCAUGCCUGUAUUCUUUUUUCCAAAGUGCAAAACCUCACAUUUACUCACAUUUCAGGCCUCUUUGUUGGUCUGUAUCUGAAUAUGAGGGUAUAAUGUCUGUCCUUUCUAACAGUUCAGUAUUACCUAACCAGAUGGUAAUUUCAACAUAUUGACAUGACACAGCCUGUUCUUCUGGUAAUCUGGGGUGUCAGUUCGAAAAAUUGCUUUAGCAAUCCUUUUGACUAUCACAGAGGGACCUCUGAACUACACUUUCAAUGGACAAUGCUUGAUAUCUGUUGGGGGAGCUCUUAGAUUCAAUAAUUAAGAAGGUAACAGCUGAACACUUGUGAAGAGUCAGCAUGGGUUUGUGAAAGAGAAAUCAUGUUUAACCAACUUAUUGGAGUUUUUUGAAGGAGUAAUGUACUAUGGACAAGGGAAAGCCUGUUGAAGUAUUACCCUGAUUUUCAGAAGGCAUUUGACAAGGUGCUACAGGAAAUUGGGACAAUUCUG